AAAAAUUAGCAGUCGGCAACCUUCGAAUCCAACGAGAAGCAAAUCAUCGAUUCCGGCCUGCAAACCCAGACAACCUGUUUCUCCGGUGAUCUCCUGUACUGCCGGCCGGCGAUCUCUCUCUUAUCUUCUCUCUUCCCCUCUUCUCUCUUUAAUUUCUCCGCCGACGAGCCCUCCCGCCCUUCUCAUAGAGAUCGCAGCAGCAACCCUACCCCCUCCAUCGACCCUCUGAGCAGCGAAACGGUAAAAAAGUUGAAAAACGGCAAGUUGGGGCGACAAGCUUUCAACCCCGUGUUGGCCACAGAAGCCAACAAAUUGGCUAUACAGCUUGCACAUUCUCGGUCUAGAUCUCGUUCCAAUACCGGGGCGCCCAGCCAUCUUCAUCUUUGGCUCCGAGUCCCAUCUCCAUCAUCUGAGUUUACUGUAACUUUAAUGUUCUUCAAAAAAUUUAAAACCUCCAUCUCCAUCUCCAUCCAUCUUCUGGGUUUUUUUUGGUUUAGGUCUUGAUUUGAGUUUUGGAUGUAGGGUUGAAGUUCCUCUAUACAUCUGAAAUUGUCAUCUGAUGGAUCCUUCUAUGAUGAAGUUCCUCGAAGAAGACGAGGACGAAACAAUGCAUUCAGGGGCAGACGUUGAGGCAUUCACUGCUGCCCUAAACAGGGAUAUUGAAGGGGAUAAUACUUCAAUAUCUCAGCCUCCCACUGCUUUAUCUCAAGGAACCAAUCAUACUCCAAGUCAGUUGUUUCAACAGUGGCAAUCAUCCAGCCGUGAAGGCAAUGCUAGUUACUCUAGCCAAGAGGAAGUUAAGGCACAGAUACAAGAGCAGCAAUCAUCUGCAAUGGAAGUAAAUCGACAGGGAUCUGGUUCUGAGAGUCAACAUCUACCAAAUGACACCCCGCGUGAAAUGAAUCACAUCCCAUCUGAACCGAGCAGACCCCAAGAUGAUUUGGCGCAACAGCAAGCUGACCAACAUAAUGUUCACAUGUCUCAAACCACUAAUAUCCAGAACGCUGAUAAGAAUCACGGCCAUCGUCAAGAGCCAAAUAUAGCACGGAACCCAGACAAUGAAUCUCAGUUGCAAAGGAUGCAUAGAAUGGGUAAUCAGCAAGCGAUGGCAACAGGGCAAGCAGCUAAUACAAUGAAUCGGCCUUCAGGCAAGCAAGUGCCAUUUGCACUGUUGCUCCCAGUUAUAGAACCACAGCUUGACAAAGACAGGGCUAUGCAACUCCAGGGUCUCUAUGUUCGAUUAAGGAACAAUAACAUUAACAAAGAAGAAUUUGUCCGGCACAUGAGAAGUCUUGUAGGAGAUCAUAUGCUUAAGAUGGCAGUCUAUAAGUUACAACAAGGGCAGGCGCUAAAGAUGGAGAAUGCAUCUAACCAAAUUUCUAAUCCUGCUCAGCUUUCUGCUAAACACAAUAUUCAAAAGCCAUCUUCAUAUGUUCCACCUUCCUCUGCCCAUCAAUCAUCCGAUUCAAGUAGUUUGCCAAUGGAUAGUAAUGCUCAAAAAUCACGGUUGUUGGAACACCAAUCAGAUUCACAUGGAAUACAAGCAAGCCAUAUGUCUUCUAAUAUUAAUGCUAUUAAGCAAGAUAGGGAGCAGCCCUUUCCGUUACAGGGACUUGGCAAGCAACAACAGCAACAGCAACAACAUAUGCACUUUCCACAGUCGUCCUUUCCUACUUAUGGAAAUACUGGUGGUAAUUAUCACCCAGGUUCUAGUGCAAAUAUGAAUAUGUCCUCACAGUCUUUUAAACAGCAGAGCCAUGAUUUACAAAUGAGGCAAGGUCCAGUUCAUCCUAGCAUGGGAGCAAGUCAGGCCAUGAGUUUGCCAGAGAGGCAAAAUGCAUUUAGUGACAUAAAAAGAAUGCACGGGGGAGGUCUCACUCAUUUCACAAGUAAUUCAGGCCACUGGCAACCAUCAAUGCAUAAAGAUCAGAGUCUUCUGUCAUCAAUGGCCUAUGUAAAACCAGAACCUGUGGAUCAGAUGAAUGAUCAACAACAUAAAUCCCAGCUGUCAGCACAACAGGGGACAUCUUCAUUCUCUCCAGGACAGCAUGAACAAGGGAGUGCAAUUUCAGGGCCUUCAAAAGAUGAAACUUUUGAGAUGCUGUCUUCAAGGCCCAAUUUCUCAACGUCAAUGAGUAAACCAGAGGCUAUGUCCAUCACAGCGCAGCUGGAACGCCAGAAUGUGUUACAGUCUGCUGCAAACUCUUCAUUGGCAUCCGGAAGUAAUGCAAAGACUCCUCCCAAAAAGCCAUCCGUUGGCCAGAAAAAACCAUUGGAAGCACCUGUUUCUUCACUAAGUAAGAAGCAAAAAGUGUCUGGAGCAUUUUCGGAUCAAAGUAUUGAGCAACUUAACGAUGUGACUGCUGUCAGUGGAGUGAAUCUCAGGGAAGAGGAAGAACAACUAUUCUCUGGGUCCAAGGAAGACACUCGAGUUUCAGAAGCUUCACGAAAGGUUGUCCAAGAAGAAGAAGAAAGGUUGAUUUUGCAGAAAACUCCACUCCAGAAGAAAUUGGCUGAAAUCAUGGCAAAAUGUGGUAUAAAGAACAGAAGCAAUGAUGUGGAACGGUGCUUGUCACUGUGUGUAGAAGAAAGAAUGCGUGGAUUAAUUAGCAACCUGAUCAGACUUUCAAAACAGCGGGUUGACAUUGAGAAGCCAAGACACCGGACCGUCAUCACGUCAGAUGUUCGACAGCAAAUCAUGUCAAUGAAUCAAAAAGCUCGGGAUGAAUGGGAGAAGAAGCAGGCUGAUGCUGAAAAACUCCAAAGAGCUGAUGAGCCUGAAGGUAGUGCUGGAAUUGACGGUGAUGAUGGUCGUGGGAAAAAUUCUAAGGUAAACAAAGAGGAAGAUGAUAAGAUGCGAACGACAGCUGCCAAUGUUGCUGCGCGAGCGGCCGUGGGAGGAGAUGACAUGCUCUCGAAAUGGCAACUAAUGGCUGAGCAGGCUAGACAGAAACGUGAAGGUGGGGCUGAUGCAGCAUCUACUUCUCAGCCAAGUAUAGAUGUUGGUCCUAAGCCUGUGUCAACUUCUGAGAGGAAUUUUAAAGAUAAUCCAGAUAUGGAGAGGAGCUCUAGUGCUGUCACUUCUACUCCUGGUGGUCCAGCAGCAAGGAUGAAGAAAUCAGAUUUCGGGGAGAGUGAUGCGAUAACGAUAGCACGUAGUAUCUCAGUGAAGGAUGUGAUAUCUGUUCUGGGAAGGGAGAUUCAGAUGUCAAGAUCCACGUUAAUAUACCGACUCUAUGAAAGACUACGUUCCGACUCUGAAUAGCCAUCUAUCUGCUAUCUGCUAUCUGCUAUCUGCUAUCUGCUAUCUGCUAUCUGCUAUCUUGAAUGAAUGGAUGAGAGGAGUUCAGAUUGUUGGAAUGCUAAAUUUCCUAACAAAUGUGUAUCUGAAAUUCAUUCAAUCAAACAAAUGCCUUUUUGUAGACUUAAAAGAGGGACAUUUUGAUUCUAAUUUUAUAGCAUCAUUUUCUUGUGUC